AUGCUCGAGGAGGAGAUUGGAGAGAUCGAGGGGGAACUUCCCAAACUCCGCGCCAUAAUCGACGAAGCGUCAGCGCAACGAGAUCAACUCAAAACGACAGUGGCCGAGUUGGAAGACCGCAAGAAAAAUGAGAAGGCAUUUCAGGUUGUAUUUGUUUAUUUUUGUUAUUUAUUGUUGUUAUUUAUUAUUAUUUUGUAUUUUGUUUUAUUAUUUAUUACGUAUUUAUUAUUGUAA